GGUGAGAAAAUAUUUCAGAAAUUAUUGGAGAAAAGCAAAGAAGUCAAUGUUACCAUUGUGACAAGUGGUCCACAAACUGCGGACAAUGAUCUGGACCAACUUAUUGCUGCAGGUGCAAAGGUGAAGUAUCUAGAUGUCGCCAAGUUGCUUUCAACUGGCGUUCAACAUGCCAAACUCUGGACCGUUGAUAAUCAGCACGGUUAUCUUGGGAGUGCUAACAUGGACUGGAGAUCCUUGACGCAGGUAAAGGAAUUGGGGGUGUUCUUCAAAGACUGUCCAAGGCUCGCAACCGAUCUUUCAAAAAUUAUUGGAGCGUUUGGUCAUGUUGCUGAACCGGGGAUUAUGUUUCCUAUUAAUUGGACUUCCGAGUUCACAGCAAUCUACAACCGAACAAAUCCAAUGAAAUUGCUUCUCAAUGGUGUUCCAGCAAACGUCUACAUUUCUAUGUCACCACCUGCUUUCAGACCUCCAGGGAGAGAGGAUGAUUUGGAGGCAAUUCUCCACAUAAUCGAUUCUGCUCAAUCCUUUGUGUAUGUUGCAGUGAUGGAUUUUCAAGCAGCUGUCAAAUCUUAUUCUGGAAAGCCAGACGCAUAUUGGCCGGACUUGUCGAAUGCCUUAAUAAAAGCUUCCUUUGAACGCGGUGUAGAAGUACGGAUUCUGGUCAGCCAUUGGGCUCACACUUCGCCAAAACUCCGUCAUUUCAUGAAGGCAAUCCGUACUCUACAUGGUGUCAAUGGGGCAUCACUUAGAAUCAGAUUCUUUGUGGUACCAGUGGAAACUCCGGAACAAAGAGCGAUUCCAUUCUCUCGUGUUAAUCACAACAAAUACAUGGUCACUGAUAAAACUUUAUAUGUCGGAACUUCGAACUGGUCUGGAGAUUACUUUAAGUUUGCUGGCGGCGCAGGAUUCGUUGUAGAAUGUGAUGAAGAUCAUAUUUCUUCAAAGAGUGCUAAAUGCUUACGAAAGGAACUUGAAGAAGUCUUUCUGCGAGAUUGGAAUUCCGUGUAUACUGACGAAUUGUAA